CUUAAAUUAAUGGGAGUGACCAAGGCCGAUCCUCCGGAGACCAAAUUCUCAUGGUUACGAUCACAAUUGAUAGGACAAAAUGUCGAAUUCGAUACUCCAUUUGGAAAACGAAUUCUCACCUAUGCCGACCAUACCGCCUCCGGCAGAGGCCUUCGCUACAUCGAAAACUUCAUUGUCAAUAACGUUCUUCCUUUCUAUGGGAACACACAUACAAGUGACAGCUACGUGGGUCACAAGACGAGCGAGAUGGUGAAGGAGGCCAGCAGAUACAUCAAGUGUUGCUUAGGCGCAGGACCGGACGAUGCACUCCUAUUCUGUGGCUCUGGCACCACUGCGGCAAUCAAGCGUCUCCAAGAGGUGAUGGGAAUCACAGUGCCUUCAAUUUUGAGAGAUAGGGUAGUCAAGAGCUUGAGGAGUGAGGAGAGAUGGUUGGUCUUUGUUGGACCCUAUGAGCACCAUUCCAACCUACUUUCAUGGCGCAGUAGCUUAGCAGAGAUGAUAGAGAUUGGCUUUGACGAUGAGGGAUUGGUAGACAUCCGAGCUCUGAGGUUGCAACUUGAGGUUUACAAGGAUUCCAACCGUUUUAUGUUGGGUUCAUUCUCAGCCUGUAGCAAUGUGACUGGAAUUUACUCUGAAACACGUGCCAUUGCCCGUCUUCUUCAUGAAUUUGGUGCUUUUGCUUGCUUUGACUUCGCAGCAAGUGGUCCUUACAUAGAGAUGGACAUGAGAUCGGGAGAGCUAGAAGGGUAUGAUGCCAUUUUUCUGAGCCCACAUAAGUUCCUAGGUGGGCCCGGAACACCCGGCAUCCUUCUUAUGAACAAAGCCUUGUAUAAGUUGGGAUCUUCUGCUCCUUCUACUUCUGGAGGUGGAACUGUUAAUUUUGUCAAUGGCUUCAGUGAUGAGCACACGUUGUAUUGUGAAGAUGUGGAAGAGAGGGAGGAUGCAGGAACUCCACCGAUCAUCCAGAAGAUAAGAACAGCAAUGGUUUUCUGGGUAAAGGAAUUCAUUGGUUGCGAGGUAAUUGAAAAACAAGAACAUGUGUACAUAAGGGCAGCCCUGAAAAGACUCCUACCAAACCCAAACAUAUGGGUGUUAGGGAAUACGAGUUCACCCAGACAAGCUAUCGUCUCUUUCUUGAUUUUCUCCACAACCAAUUCUCCCUCUUACGAUAUGAGAAAUGAUGAUGAAGAUGGAGUUUAUAAUCAUACUAAUAAAGAUGGAAGAGGCCUUUAUAUGUGGGCAGAAUCGGGCAACAAGAGAGACAAACCUCUCCACAGCCCUUUCGUGGCAAAGCUCCUCAACGACCUCUUCGGCAUCCAAGCUCGAGCAGGUUGCGCUUGUGCUGCACCUUACGGUCACCAUUUACUUGGCGUGGACGAAACUCGCUCACUUGCCUUUCGCUCUGCAAUCCAACUGGGCUACACUGGAGUGAAACCUGGAUGGACUAGAGUUAGCUUCCCCUACUACAUGUCAACAGAGGAGUUUGAGUUCAUUCUAGCUGCACUCGAAUUCAUUGCAACCUAUGGUCAGCGCUUCCUACCUCUCUAUAAAUUCAACUGGAAAACUGGAAACUGGACUUUCAAAUCAAGUGCUUUCAUGGAGAAUCUUCUCGGGGAAGAUUAUACGAUAGACUUGAUCAGUAUUUUGUCACUAAGCGAAGCCAAGCCUGGGAUGCAAAAUAAGAACAGUAAUAGUACUGGAUCAAGGGAUGGAGGAAGCAGUUAUGGUGAUAAGAAGACAAUUGAGGUGAUUAGUAAAUAUGCCUCCUACUUAGAGACUGCAAAGUAUGUGGCGAGUUUCCUCCCAAAGUUCCCUCCCCAGCGUAAGGUUCCUAAGGAAAUUGACCCUAGUCUUGCGCAUUUUAGGGUGUAAGCCGGGGUUUGAUCUC